CGAAUGACAGUUUCAUAACCCUCAAUGUAAAACUUUUGUUGCGACUCAGCGAAUGGAAAGAAAAGACAUAUCUCCAUCGCCAAUUCUAUCUUUCACAUUGUGUGCCGAUAAUAUCGAUCAACAAAAACAAAAAAAAGUUUGACUUCGACAUUUUUAUGCAUGCAGUAAACGAUAAUUUUGGAAAAAAGAUUUGAAAACGGAAAUCAAUGAUGUGGAAACAAGUGUGCCUCAACAAAUUCCAUGUGAAAGCCACCAAUGUACGUUACUUUUUAUCCGAAGCAUACAAAUGUUCGGAGGCUUGGGAGAAUCGCUUAAAAUCCCCGAUUCUGCAAAAGAUUCGGCCUGAUUUAUUCUACUAUGAUUUGGAACGGCAAUUCAAUCAACAGGGCAAAGUGUGUGCCGUCGAUUUUGACAUUUUUGUAAAUCGAAUGAAUGACAAUAAAAUGUUGAAUGAAUUAUCGGAUAUGGUGCACAAAAUGCGAUUAUCGACUGAAACGUCCAAUACAUUGGCAUCAACAUCACAUGCCGUCAUACGGCAUCAUUUGGAUUUUAGUGACAAUGAUUUUGAGAAUUUGGUUUAUAUUCUCGAUGAUCGAUUGAGCUAUGGUGUAUUUUUGGAUUCAUUUACCGCAAAUCUUUGUCUCGAUAAAUUGAUAAAAUUAAAAGAUUAUCGAAUGGCAGCCAAAGUGUCAACAUUUUUAAUGCUCCAAGAGAAUUUCGAAAAUCCAAUCAAUCGCAUGCUGUCGUUGUAUGCAUGUUACAAAUAUCUGGAGAAUGCCGAACCGUUCGAUGAUCUGUUGAAAAAUCAAGCAACUGAUGCUGAACUCGCGAGUCAAGUAUCGGAAGCAAUGCGCGCCAUAGCUGAUGCACGAUCCACAAAGAAGGCAAAGAAACGUGAUAAAAAAGAAGAAAUUCGGGUCCGAAUCAACUUUUUACGAAAUCCAUAUUUUGAUGAUCACUUUGAUUUACGCAACAGUCAUCAUUUAGUUGGCAAAACAUUUUUAGCAAUUGGUCAAUAUUUUGAUGGUGCAAUUGGUAAUUCGAUCAAAUUAAUGGGAUACACAUAUUAUGAAAAAUACGCCGAUGGCAUUCAAUUCAUCGAAUCACUUGCCAAUAAAAAUCAAUUGUACAAAGAUGCCGUUGAUAUUGCGAAAAAACAGUUGGCCGAGAUUAAAGAUCGCGAUACGGAUGAAAAUUAUAAAAAAUUUCUUGAAGCUGUUGACAAAUUGGCCGAAUCAAGCACAUCACUGGAGUCAGAAUCACUCGAAAAUGUCAUCCAUAAAUUAGCUGUACAGACCGUUAAAGAGAAUGAAGCCAAGGAAAUUGAAGAACAGACAAAGAUUUACACAUUGUGGGAGCAAAUCCGUCAAACAAAAUUACAAGAGGAAUUGACUCGUGUUGAUCACCAUAAUCGGCUCAAAAAAAUCGACGAAUUGAUGCAAACCAUGAGCGAACAAGAGGAGAAAUUAUGGUUCUUUGAUAAUGAAGAAAAAAUCGAUUUGCAAUUGGAAAAAAUUUCAGGCGAUCAUACGGAGAAAAAGGUUUAUGGGCGUGAAAAGAAAACAGCGGAAACCUCGUAUAUACCGCCAGAAGUUGACGCCAAACGAAACUGAAUAUUUAACCGCAACGCAAGCAUGAAUUGCGUUGAUCAACUUAAAUAUUGUUGUAUAGGUCUAAUGAAUAUUUAAUAAAAGAAAUCUAUGUAGAUUUUUUAGAAUACA